AUGGCGACACCUUAUAUGUGCCUGCUUCUGUUGGUGACAACCCUGAUUUCUUAUUCUAACGGACAGUCAAUCUCUGUUGGAAAUAAUGCCUUCGAAUCUUUGGAUGGUUUAGGCUGUUCACAGUUCAAGGCCAUCAUUCUAGAAGCACAGUUGCAGGGAACUUUUACCAGCGCUCAGGCUUUAACUGUGUUUGUGUUCAAUGACACUGCAUACAGUCUCCUGCCUCCGUACAGGCAGACCGGCUUGUAUGAGAGAAGUGGCACUGCUGAGGCUAGACAAGCUGCUUCAGAGUACGUCAAUUCUUUUACAUUAAUGGAAGCUGUGCAGACUUCUGCAUUCAGUGACGCUGCUCCUUACCAAACAUACUCAUCUCUGAAUAGGAAACUAUUUCUCAAUCGACGAGAUCUGAGAAUUGGAAAUGUUGCCAGUGGAUUGCCAGGUCCAACAAAGUAUUUCUGUAAUGGUGCCAUGUUAAUCCGACCCAAUAUUCAGGCAGGCCAACAUGUGAUACACAUUAUUGACCAAGUGCUGGAUAUGCCAAUACCCUAUACUGCAUUAGCUUUUGCUUCUGGGUACAAUUCGAAAAAAAUAGCGUACCAGUUCUAUGUAAAAAUAAUGCAGUUUCUGCAGCAAGCACCGCAAGAAGAUGGAGAGUAUAAUUAUAACAAGCAAGUGCAGAGAGUUUUGACUGGUUCGCAAGCGACAUUUUUCCUGCCUUCAGAUGAGGCUCUUAACCGGAUUCCUGCACAGAAGCUCAGUGAACUGCAAGGAAACCAGAGGCUCAUGUUGGAUAUCAUAACUCUCCAUAUAGUACCCAGUCAAGUCUUGUAUACAUCGCUAGUGAACCAUAAUGAACGAUUCAACACACAGUUCAAUUCUGGUGCUGUUGUGUUCAGAAAGAAUUACAAUAGAGAAGCUGUGUAUGUUACAGGUGCACUCAGCAGCGGACGAACAGUGACUGCUCGCAUCACUCCGGCAAAUAUAACCGUCAUUAAUGGAGUUGUUCAUCAGAUUGAUCAGCUUCUGGGCUUUGUUUACAACAGUGCUGUGGAAGAGAUUUCAAUAGAUCCUGUUACACAAAACUUUGAGCAGUUCAUCACUGUUGGAAGGAAAGACCUUCAGAAUGACCUCACUUCUGCAAAUGGAGUCACCGUCUUUGCUCCAAUAAACCAGGCCAUGUAUGCAAUAGCCAAUGUUUACCAGAACUACAUGAACAAUCAGUCUCUGAUCAACAUGGUUAUAGAGAUGAGCAUGUUGAUGCAAGGACAACACAUCAAUUUAAUGGAUUACAAUGCUGGCUAUGAAUCAUAUGUAACUGUUGUGUCACGAUACAAUGGACGUCUGAUUAAAGUCUACAGUGAAGGAAAUGACACCUGGGUUGAAGGAGGUUAUGUGCAGGCCCGCGUGGUUAAACCAGACAUUGGAGUAACUAAUGGGGUUGUGCAUCAGAUUGAUGCUGUGUUUGGCAUUCCCACUCGAGACAUUCCAUACACCAUAUUUUGUAAAGACUGGCUUGCGUCAACUUUUGUCCAGAUGCAGUAUGUGGGAUUGACCAAGUACAUGAGAGACCCUUUACUUGUCAAGAAUCAGGAGUGUACAUUCAAUGGCAUUUCAGCAACUGGGAGUGGAGUCCCAAAUAAUGGCGUCUAUAACCCUAGCACUGACACCGCCAACCCACCUGACUUGUACACGGGAAUCUGUGGUGAUGGAAUUCAAAGAUGUGAGUUCACUUACUUCGUGCCAAAUGGAACAGCCAUUGACAACUUUGCUCGGACUACGUAUGGAAGGCAAAUGAUGAAUGAUCCAAGGAGAUGGAGAUGGAUCUUUAGACGAUUGAUCACUUUCAGAGAAAGGAUUUAUCUUGAUCAAAUUGCAAUGGGUGCACCAAGAAGUUUUCUUGCUGACAACGGAGAAGAGAUUGUUGUCCAGAUAGAUUCUAGAAAUGCCUACAUUAUGUUUGAAGGUGUCAGAGCAAAAAUCAUCCGGUCCGACAUUGGAGCCACAAAUGGAGUCAUCCACAUUAUAAGUUCUUUGCUGUUUGUGCCUGAAGAUUUGGACCGGGAUAUCAGUGGCACAUAUCAUACCAUAACCUCUUUACAUUUUGUUUUAUUGAUAGUAGCUGUUGGAACAUUGGUACAUUGCUGUCUGGUGUAG